AUGAAGUCAAUAUUUGCUUUAUCUUGUCUCAUCCCAACUGUGUUUUCUGCCCCAGCAAGCAACUCCCAGAAGGCCUACUCACGCAUUCCCUGUCAAAAGGGUGCCAUUGCCUCAUGUCCACAUAAAACAAUUAUUGUCUCCAACAACCCUUCGCAUAAAGAUUAUGCAGACUUCACAUCCAUUCAAUCGGCUAUUCUUUCACUUCCACAUGACCAUUCAUCUGCGACCAUUCUUAUUCGCGCUGGUAAUUACACCGAGCAACUCAACGUCACCCGCCCCGGGCCUCUCACCUUGCUAGGCGAGACUUCAAACCCUCUCGGUGCAAGCCAGAAUCAGGUCAAUGUAUUUUGGAGUGCGGCAAAUAAUGGCACUUACCCUGAUAACGCUUUCACAAGUGUUUUGACUGUAGCCCCUACACAAAACGCUUCUUUAACAGGUGCGGGACCAACCGGAUGGCCAGUUCCAGCAGAUACACCCUUCGGGAAUACAAAUUUCAGGGUAUACAAUGUCGACUUUCGCAAUGUCUUCUCUGAGUAUAGUGCGGGACCCGCGCUAGCAGUCAGCGUGAGCUAUGCGAAUACGGGAUUCUACUACUCGGGCUUCUAUUCCUACCAAGACACGGUAUACGUUGGGAAGCUUGGCAACUCGUACUUCUACUCGUCUAUUAUUGCCGGCCAAACUGAUUUUCUAUACGGGUUCGGUACAGCCUGGCUCCAGUCUUCCUCAUUACAACUACGCUCAUGCGGCGGAGGCGUUACGGCUUGGAAAGGCUCAAACACGACGUACGAGAACAAAUUCGGAGUGUAUAUCGUUGACUCCAAUGUAAAGGCAGCUAAUUCGUCUAUUGCGACUAAAAUCGAUGGCAAAUGUGCACUAGGUAGGCCUUGGAAUUCCCAACAUCGAUCUAUCUUUGCGCGUACGUAUGAGGAUGCCAGUAUUAUCAGUAGUGGUUAUAUUAAUUGGUUCGUUAAUGGAGUCGGACGGUAUGAGGAAGGAAUAACGCUACAGGCUGAAUUCGAGACUUACGGUCCGGGUUGGAACAAAACUGGGAGAGAGGCCGGUGGUGUUGAUACUGUUCUGAAUCAGACCCUAUGGGCGGAAUACGAUGCGCCGGAAAAAGUCUUUCAGUAUGGUUAUGAAGAUGGAAGAUUUGGAAAUGUUGGAUGGAUUGAUUGGAAGCCGUGGGUUUAG